UCAUUAGCAUCGGUAGCAUCGGUAGCUGAAGGCCUGAACUCUGGUGCUUCCUGUGUCUCUGCUGAACUCAGUGUGUUCUCUGAACAUCAGCCGAACAUCAGCCUGUCUGUUGUUUACUAUCUGACACGUGCCGAUCAUUCAAACUCUCCGGACGUGGCGUGCGUUGCUAACUUUUCCACUUUAGCUUAGCUUGUAUCUCCAUGCUAACUUCUUGCUGGGCCUCAGAACUUCAUGGAGGAGGAGAUUUACGACAAAGUCGUGGAUCUGACGGAAUACGCCAAGAAACAGAGAUGGUGGAACCGCCUCUUCGGAAAGAACUCCGGGCCUCUGGCAGAGAAAUACUCCGUGGCCACGCAGAUCGCCAUCGGUGGAGUGAGUGGAUGGUGUGCAGGAUAUCUCUUCCAGAAAGUUGGAAAAGUUGCGGCUACAGCUGUAGGUGGAGGUCUUCUGCUGCUGCAGAUAGCUAACAACACUGGAUAUAUCCAAGUGGACUGGAAGAGAGUAGAGAAGGAUGUGAACAAAGCUAAGAAACAGCUAAAGAAGGGCACCAAUCAAGCAGGUCCAGAGCUGAACACAUUUGUAGACAAGUCCACAGAGUUUGUGAAGAAAAACAUCGUCGUCACCAGUGGUUUCAUUGGAGGGUUCCUGCUCGGCAUGGCGUCUUAGGCCCUGCAAAAAACAAAAACAAAAAAUCAUCUCCAUAUCUUUGACGUCAUGAUGGACUGUUGGGAAAAAGUAUAAAUCAUUGCUGGAUGGGUUUGAGUGUUUUCAUAGCAAGCAACCUCUGUCAGAUUUAGCUUGUAGCUGUGUUUCUACAUAAGCUGCACAUUAUUAUCAUCUACUCUAAUACUUCCCUUCACGUGACAAAUCGAUGGGGAAGCAGACGUGUCCCAAUCGUAAAAUACUCCAGUCUCCAGGCCAAAUAAUGAGAAAUAUGCAAAAUGAAUUUUAAAAAAUGUUAUUUAUUUAUUGUUACCAACAUGACGUUUCACCAGCAGUAAGACUGCACAGUAAUGCUCUUAUCAAGUACAAUGGCAGAUGGUGCCCUUAAGAAUAUAUCAAUGCAACGGUGUUAUAUUUUUAAAUCCUUUCAUAAUCAGUCGUCUUCAGCCUAAAAACCUGAACUUCAUUCUAAGUGCUGAUAGAUUGUGGGGAUUGUAAUGCCUCCCCUGCGUCUCUUAUUUUUUUAAUGUAUUUUGUUUUUAGCCAUAAAUGUGUUUUCUGUAUCGAAGGCUGCGGGUUGUCUCCUGUGUAUGUUGGCACACAUUAAAAAAUAAAACAUGAAACUGUCA